AUGACGUUUCCCAGAGAUAAAGAGUUGAGGAGACAGUGGGAAGUAGCUAUAAGAAGGGAAGGUUUUUCUGCAAGCGAGUUCUCUGUGCUAUGCAGUGAACACUUCAAGCCGGAAGACUUUGACAGGACAGGUCAGACUGUCAGAAUAAGGGAUGGAGCAAAACCAUCUAUUUUCAGUUUCCCGACUCAUCUACAAAGACCUGUUGUAAUCAGGACUACACAAGCCUCAAGGAAAGCUGAGGAGAGCCUGUCAGUGGACUGUUCUCAGCAUUUCCAAGACACUGAUCCUCCUCUGCCUAAUGCUGACCACACCUAUGCAUUACCUGCAUCUCCCACUGAUUUAAAGAACAGACUCUGUGAAGCUUUGGCUAGAGUGGAGAGUCUGGAGCGAGAGAUGAGGAAUUUGAAGGACAGAGAACAGAGGGCAAAGAGGACUGCGUAUGAUCUUCUUGAAGAUCUGAAGGGGAAGAACCUCAUAAACGAAGAGCUGAAAGAAAGGCUCAAUUUCUACAAAAAAUUUCUAAAAAAAAAAAAAAAAAAAAAAAAAAAAAAACUUUGAA